GCUGCAACUGACCCGCCACUACUUCAGCACCGAGCUCGCUUGCUGCCUUCUCCUCCUAACCCAUAUUCUGUGAAAACUGACCAGCAUCCUGACAUGUCAAAACGUGGUGCUUCUCCGCCUCCUGGAGGUGCGCUCAUAAAGCGGGCGCGUUCCAAUGAGCCUGCUCAGAACCAAAUUGCCAUCUCCUCGAACAACGACGAACGACAGCAGGCCCUCAUGCGCACAGUACAGCGUACAAGUAGCUUGGAAGCCCCAAUUAUCAGUCUUUCAGGCUCACAUUCAGCCGAAAUUCUCAGCUGUCGGUUCGAUCCUACGGGUCAAAACAUAGCCGCGUGCUCAGCGGACAGGAGUGUCUCGCUUUGGCGAACGUAUGCGCCGAAUGAGAACUACGGCCUACUCUCAAACCUUCACAAAGCCCCUAUACUAGACCUUCAAUGGUCGCUCUUCUCCCCCAUCCUAUACACUGUGUCCGCAGACCAGACCCUCAAUGUGACAGACCUCACAUCUGGUCAGCGUCUGCGCAAGCUUCGCUCUCACCGGGGCAUCAUCAACUCCCUCGACAGGACGUUGGCGGGCGGUGCGGGCGUCGAGCUGGUGGCUACAGGUGCUGAUGAUGGGACGGUGAGGGUAUGGGAGGGUGGCGACGAGGGUCCAAAAGCCCCUGUGAGCGUGUUCGAGAUCGGCUGUCCCGUCACCUCAGUGUGCUGGAGCGCAGACGGCUCGAAUAUCUACGCUGGCGCGCUGGAUAACGAGAUCCAUGUUCUUGACCUCCGCAAGAAUGAGCAGGUGUACACCCUCACAGGACACGCAGACACGCCCACCUCACUUUCCCUCUCGCCUAAUGGCCAGUUCCUCCUAUCCCCAUCCUUCUCGUCACAAACGGUCAUUCAUGACGUACGGCCGUUCUCGCCCUCGCCUGCACGCAUACACCGCGUCCUCAUGGGUGCCCCUGCCGGGUUCGAAAAUACUCUGCUGCGUGGAGCUUGGAGCAAGGACGAUGGCGGCAGACGUGUUGCUUUGGGUGGUGCAGACAGGACGGUCUGUAUCUGGGACGUAGAGAGUGGCAAGGUGCUCUACAAGCUUCCUGGACAUAAAGGCACUGUAACCUCUGUCGAUUUCCACCCAAAAGAACCCAUCAUCUUGACCGGUAGCAAAGAUGCUACUAUGCUUCUGGGCGAGAUUGAGCCUAGUGUUGCUGUGUAGUCAUUUGUAUGACCCUGUAGAAUAUCUCUUUUGCGUCUAGGCUAUUCCGUGGUCGUUGCUCACGUUAUGCCUCCAUACGACAGAACAUGAAGCAUAGUAGAUGCACCAAUCGUUAUCGAGUACAGAGAGCAGAUGUUAGUUGUGUUCAUCGGGCAAUAGCAUGAGCAUACCGGGCCCAUAGAUCUAUGAAAUCAAUGAUACAUAU